AUGCGCCUCGGAAAAGGGCCCCGUUAUUAUUAUCCUCGACUGGCUCCUCCGUAUCCUCAUACUGCCGCACGAUGGUCUUCCACCUCCGCUGGAAGCUCCGUUCCGCGUCAAUGGUCUACACCACUGGCGAAAUCCAUUGCUGAGGCCAUAAAUGUCACCGGCCCCGUAUCCAUCGCUGCAUACAUGCGCCAAUGCCUCACCUCGCCCGAUGGCGGAUAUUACACCUCCCGUGGCCAGGAGGAUGAAGACACGGCGCUUUUCGGCGCCAAGGGGGAUUUUGUGACGUCGCCAGAGAUUUCGCAAAUAUUUGGCGAGCUGUUGGGCGUGUGGACUGUUACGGAGUGGAUGGGACAAGGGAGGAAGAGUGGUGGGGUGCAGAUUAUUGAGUUUGGACCAGGCAAGGGGACGCUCAUGGGGGAUAUGUUGAGGUCCUUUCGUAAUUUCAAGAACUUCGCGUCCGCGAUCGAGGCUGUUUAUCUAGUAGAAACCAGUCCGGUGCUACGAGAGGUUCAGCGGAAAUUGCUCUGUGGAGAUACGCCUCUGGAGGAGGUUGAGAUUGGGUAUAAGAGCACGAGUAUACACUUGGGUGUUCCGGUCAUUUGGACAGAGCAUAUCAAGCUCCUCCCGAAUGAAUCGGACAAAACCCCUUUCUUUCUGGCCCACGAAUUCUUUGAUGCCUUACCCAUACAUGCAUUCCAAUCUAUCCAAACACCCGCCCCAUCCCAAACCACUAUUAAUACGCCCACUGGUCCCACCACCCUCCAUCAACCACCCAUUUCCUCCUCCCAUACCACUGAAUGGAGAGAACUCGUCGUCUCCCCUAAUCCUGAAACCCCAGAAGUGAAAAGCGGCCAGGAGCCCGAAUUCCGUCUCUCACUCGCCAAAGCAUCUACGCCAUCAUCCCUCGUCCUCCCCGAGAUGUCUUCGCGGUACAAAGCCCUGAAAUCCACUCCAGGGUCCACAAUCGAGAUCAGCCCGGAAAGCCAAGCCUGCGUCCAAGACAUCGCAAGGCGGAUAGGAGGAGGAGGUGGGCUCGUCUCCGCGCCUUCCCCCGGAGUCACGGACCCGCCGAAGAACAAAGUUCCUUCCGGCGCUGCUCUAAUCCUUGACUACGGCACCACCUCAACAAUCCCCAUAAACUCCCUGCGCGGCAUCCGGAAACACCGGCUCGUUUCCCCCUUAGUCGCACCCGGGGAGGUUGACAUUAGCGCUGAUGUCGAUUUCACGGCGCUAGCGGAGGCGGCUAUUGAUGCUAGUCCUGGCGUGGAGGUGUAUGGACCGAUGGAACAGGGGCCAUUUUUGGAGGCGUUGGGAAUAUCGGAGAGGGCGGCGCAGUUGCUAAGAAGGACGGAAGGGGAGGGGGAUGAGGAAAAGAGAAAACGGAUUGAGAGUGGAUGGAAGCGGUUGGUGGAGAGGGGCGGUGGGGGGAUGGGAAAAUUGUAUAAAGCUUUGGCUAUUGUGCCGGAGAGUGGGGGCAAACGGAGACCGGUAGGGUUUGGGGGGAGUGUUUUGGGGUAG